GAGACACGCCACCACCUUCUUGUCGCCAAGUCGUCCUUGCAAGUUUAUUUUGUGCGCCCGGAACCAACGGGGGCUUGGGAGCGCAAAUCGCCGCCGCCACUGCCAACAAGCGACAAAGAGCCCUGCGCGCGCUCGACAGAUGGCAUCCCCUCCGGCGAUGCCCGAGGUUGCGGACGGGGACCCGCCACUGCUCCGGGACCACUCCCGUCUCCGGGCUUACACAGCCGCCGGCUCCGGAGUCACCUACAGAGGCCUGCGCAUUUUCUACAGGCCUCACCCCAAGGCUGCCGAGUUGCCUGUUGACCCGGCGCCCUUGCCGCUCCUGGUCUUUCUCCACGGACUCGGCGGUUCUGUUGCCCAGUUCCACCCUCUCCUCACCAGUCUCGCAAACUCUGCCUCCACCCUUGCAAUCGACCUUCCCGGGUGUGGCCGCUCCCUUUUUGAACCAAAGUCUUGGGACGCCUAUUCGACAGAUGCUCUCGUUGACCUUGUCGAGACGGUCAUCAACGACCACCGCGCAGACAACCAAGGCGUCGUCUUUAUCGCUCACAGCAUGGGAACCGUCCUCGCGGCCCGCUUAUCCAACCGCUCUACUGAAUCCGCGACCGAGAACACUCUCGCCAACCAUGUCAUGGGUCUUGUCGCCAUCUGCCCUGUCGCGGGACCGCUGUCAGAGGCCAAGGCUAACGCUGCACGGAAGCUUCUGUGGAUUCCUGAGUUCGUGUUCAACAUCUGGCGCGCUUGGGAUCGUUGGGGUGGCCCCGAGAGUGCUAGUGUCCGCCGCUUCGUUGGGCCCGGGGCUGACAAAGAGACCCGGGUGCUUCAAGAUUGCUUCAACUCACAGAGCCGCUCCGGCGUGUUCCGGCGCAUGGCCUGGGGGAGUCUGCCUACAUAUGUUGAUGGGCAACCAAUUGGCGGUCUUUUUGGAAAACCAAGCUGGGCCGGCUUGGACAUUCCGAUCUAUCUCAUUGCAGGUGAACACGAUACAGUGACCCCGCCAUCAGAGGUCGUUAAAAUUAUGGGAAUCCUUGACGCAGACAGGUCAUCCGCCGGUCCACACGUGGAAAAUGGUACUGGGAAGCCGGUAGCUGCAGUGGACGACAGCGAAGAUGUAUCUAUGGAGCCCGGGCCCCAUGGCGCCUCUCUUGGUGAUGCCGCGGCCCCUGUUAUCCUUACAGGCGACGAGUAUCAGCAACGUCCUGCUUGUAUUGAGGCAAUAAGUACUCAGGAUUUUGAACGUCGGCGGCGGUCUGCCAGUCUUGGAGGGUCUCCCGAUGAUCCGUCCACCCCUCGCGACCCCGACGGAGCCACUCAAAUUCCUCCACAGCCUCGGCACCCAGUCAAAGUUAUCAAGACCAUAACUCUCCCCUCCGGACAUGCCCUCUUGUACGCACCGACAGUGGUUCGAGUCCUCGCAGGUCUCAUUGGAGAUUUUCUCAAUGAGCAUAUAACCGGUCGCUUCUCCCUAGGUUGGCAAUUGCAACACCUUUCGAGAGAAGGCAAAUGGGACGUGAAAAAUCUCACCAAAUGGAAGGGGGUUCGGCCGGUCUCUGAGCCGGUUGCAGGUAUCUUUCGCGCCAUGAAGACGCUUAGAGAGGUCGAUGAAGAACAUUGCCCCAAGGUCUUCACGGAAAAAUGGGGCUCGAUGAUCACGGAUGUGAUCGAUAUUAGUCACGACAACCCUGUGUAUGAUCCUCGAUCGUUUGGCGAGCAAAUACGAUAUCAUAAAUUUCCGACCGUCUCCAAAGUCCCACCGACCGAUCAAGAGGUUGAGCAAUUCAUCACUCUCGUUGAUAGGUUGCGCGAGGAACAAAAAGCUCGCCCACAGUACACGCUUAAUAAGGACAACAAUUGCUACAUUGGCGUGCAUUGCCACUAUGGAUUCAACCGGACCGGGUACUUCGUGGUGUGCUAUUUGAUAGAGCGGUGCAACUAUGGCGUACAGGAGGCGAUUGAGACAUUCGCAGCCGCACGACCCAACGGCAUACGACACGUCCAUUUUCUGGAUCGAUUAUUCGUGAGAUACUCCGGCCUGGUCAAAUGAAACGACCAAUGGCCGUUCGCCAUUCAGUAUCACGCGUACAGUAACCAUACACUGGGUUAUUGCUCUAGGCCAUUUUUUCUCUUUUCCCUGGCGUUUUAGCAGAUAGAUCAUUAGCUGCCGAUUAGAUACCAUAAUCACAUCCAAUUAUGCCA